UUUGUUUCCCUUUGAUAAUAUUAUUAUUGCUAUUUAUUAUUUUAACCUUCUCCUUCCUUCCUUCCCCUUUCAACCCUCCUUCUGAGCUCUCUCCCUCUCUUCCUUCCGGAAUUGAAUCCUGUUUGCUGCUUUGAGAAUUGAGAUCGAGGUGGUGAGAUAGAUAGAGAGAUAUAGUAAUAUUAAGGGAAGUGAUCGAUUGUUGGGGGGGGAGGGGGGCGAGGGGGAGCAGGGAUGAAGUUCGGGAAGAGCCUGAGCAACCAGAUCGAGGAGACGCUGCCGGAGUGGAGGGACAAGUUCCUGUCGUACAAGGAGCUGAAAAAGCGGCUGAAGCUCAUCGGCGCCGAGAGGCCGCCCAAACGGGCUAGGGCCGUGGCCGACGAGGACGGCGUGGAGGCGUCGCCCGUCGCCAUGACCCGCGAGGAGGAGGAAUUCAUCACCCUGCUCGAGGCCGAGCUCGACAAGUUCAACACCUUCUUCGUCGAGAAGGAGGAGGAGUACAUCAUCCGCCAGAAGGAGCUGCGGGACAGAGUGGAGAGAGCCGUCGGAAGAGAUUUCAAAGAUGAACUGACGAGGGUGAGGAAGGAGAUCGUGGAUUUCCAUGGGGAGAUGGUCCUCCUUGAGAACUACAGCGCCUUCAAUUACACCGGGCUGGUGAAAAUACUAAAAAAAUAUGACAAAAGAACAGGAGCUCUAAUUCGGCUGCCCUUCAUUCAGAAAGUGCUGCAGCAACCCUUCUUCACCACCGAUCUGCUGUACAAGCUAGUAAAGGAGUGUGAGGCCAUGCUGGACUGUCUCUUCUCGACAAAUGAACCAUCCGUAUCGGGUGAGGAGAAUGGUGAAGAAGCAGUUGAUGGACAGCAUAAAUGCUCAAAACCAGGGUCAGCCUUGGUAAAAGGUGGGGUCCCAGAGCUAGAGGAGAUCGAGUACAUGGAAAGCUUGUACAUGAAGAGCACGAUCGCAGCAUUGCGGGCUUUGAAAGAGAUCAGGAGUGGCAGUUCCACGGUCAGUGUGUUCUCUCUGCCUCCUUUGCAGACCAGUGGAGUCGACGAACGGUGGAGUAACGUUCCUGUUGUAGAACAAGUGGCCAAGUGAUGUCAGCAGAUGUAUUCAUGGCUUCAUACUGCUUUACUUCUUCGUUGUUCCUACGUGGAUGUGCUUGGAGAUGGAUUAGGAUCUCCAUCUCUUGCCUCCUUUUUUAUGUACAACUUAUAAUCUCACGUGUAUUAAUUAAUUAGGUCCUAAAUCUCUCUGAUAGAUGUAUAAUGCCAAAUUCUGAAUCCAAGUGGCUGAACUAGAGAAUUCCUGCUUGUUUUUUGAUUC